ACAUAAGUAUGUUAUCCAAAUUUUAAAAAAUGUGCCUAAUUCAUAUUCGUCGUGACUAUCAUAGAUUGGCUGCAAAUGCUCAAUGAAUAGAUCAUCGGCAUGUUUGGUCCGAUGACAUCCUGAUUUCCUUUUGGAUGUCUAGUCUUUCAGUUGACUCGUCUUCUUGUGUUGCGGCGUAUCCGGGUGUUGCGGCGUAUCCGAGUGCGCAUAGUGUGUGCCUGACCAUGACGACCGCCAUGGGUCCUCCUCCUCCCAGAACCUCUAACCCUACGUCAACUUCCGAACCCAAAACCCUAGACGAACCCACAACCUCCUCCUCCUCUUCCUCUUCUUCGUCUCCAGUUCAUUCAGAAACUACAAUGAAGCCCCCAAUGUGCCCUCCUCCGCCCAAAGAGCCUAGUUCUUCAGAACCAAAGCCACCGGAACGCCAAAAUGAAGCUCCUCUCGAAGAAUCCGAAUCAAAUUCCGUGAACGCCGAAGUUGCGAAAACUAGUGAACCCGGUCCCAAGCAGAGCUCUGAUGAAUCCCAACGACAUGUCGUUCCGUACACGAUUCCCCCGUGGAGUGAGGCUCCCGACCAUAAUUUCUACUUUGAAGUUCUGAAGGAAGGUUCUAUAAUAGAUCAAUUCGAUGUAUAUGAGAAAGGGGCUUACAUGUUUGGGCGUGUGGACCUCUGUGACUUUGUACUGGAUCACCCCACCAUUUCUCGCUUUCACGCAGUUCUUCAGUUUAAAAAAAGUGGAGAAGCUUAUAUUUAUGAUCUUGGUAGUACUCAUGGUACUUUCAUCAACAAGAAUCAGGUGAAGAAAAAGAGCUAUGUGGAUUUACAUGUUGGUGAUGUCAUUCGAUUUGGACAGUCAUCCCGUUUGUACAUUUUCCAAGGACCAACAGAUUUGAUGCCACCAGAAGCCGAUUUGGAGAGAAUAAGAAAUAUUAAGAUUCGAGAUGAGGUGCUAGAUCGGGAAGCUUCACUUCAACGAGCAAGACGUGAAGCAUCUCUUGCUGAUGGUGUCUCAUGGGGCAUGGGAGAGGAUGCUAUUGAAGAGGCUGAGGACGAUGGUGAUGAGAUAACUUGGCAGACCUACAAAGGACAACUAACAGAGAAGCAAGCAAAAACCCGUGAAAAAGUUAUCAAAAGAAUGGAGAAGAUUUCUCAUAUGAAGAAAGAAAUAGAUGCAAUUCGUGCUAAGGACAUAUCUCAAGGUGGAUUGUCACAAGGGCAACAAACUCAGAUUGCUCGAAAUGAGCAAAGAAUAACACAGAUCAUGGAAGAACUUGAAAAUUUGGAAGAUACACUGAAUGAGAGUAUCCAAGAAAGUCUUGGUGCACGCACUGGGAAACUUUCUCAUGGAAAGAAAGGAGUAACAGAAGAAGAAGAUGAAUUUUUGAGUGACGAAGAUGAAUUUUAUGACCGGACAAAGAAGAAAUCUUCCGGUAAAAAGGAUGUCGAAAACCAAUCAGUUGAAACUGCAGAUACCCUUCUUGAUAAGAGAGAUGUGAUCAUGAAAAAAAUUGAAGGCAAGAAAGAGAUGAUUUUGGCAGAGCAAAACAAAAUAGCAUCUGAAAAAACAGGAGAAACUGAAACUGGAGAUGCACUUGAUGCCUUUAUGUCAGGGAUUUCAUCUCAGCUUGUGAUUGAUACAACCACGCAACUCCAGGAGGAAUUAACAGCUCUCCAAGCCGAUCUGGAUAGGAUAUUAUACCUUCUGAAGAUUGCAGACCCAACCGGAGAAGCUGCUAAGAAAAGGGCUCUGAAAUUACAAGAACCAAAGUCUAUAAAAUCUCAAACUUCUCCUCCUGCAGUCAAGAAGCAACCUCCUAUAAAACCGAAGAAAAACGCUGAGCCUGAAAAACCAACAAGUGUCAUUGAUGAAAAAGUGGAAGCUGCAGAUGAAUCAGGGAGAUCUGGCAAGAAGCCCGAUGAGAUUGAACAAGAUGCAGCAGAGGUCGAAACUGCUGUUUAUGUUGCUCCCAAGCCCCAAUGGCUCGGAGCUGUUAACAACAAAGAAGAUGAGGAGAAUCAACGAUUAGCGCCUUUAAAUAUGCAGGACUCUGAUGAGUUUGUUGACUAUAAAGACCGAAACAAGGUGUUGAUCAAUGCUGAUGACUCGCAGAUAGAAGUGGAGGAACCCAGGGUCGAAAAUGCAGCCCCUGGUUUGAUCAUCAGGAAAAGGAAGCAAGUUAAAGAACUUGAGGGUAACAAUGGUGCUCAGCAGACUACUUCUUCCACAUCAUCAGCUGAAGUUAUGGCAUUGGAUGCUGUGGCAUUACUGCUAAAACACCAAAAGGGGCGGUAUGCAUCAGAUGAAGAAAAUAUUACAGAGAUCCAAGAAACUUCAAAGGAGCAUAAAAAGCCUAAACGAGUACUUGGUCCUGAGAAGCCUUCAUUCCUUGAUUCCAAUUCAGACUGUGAUGCAUGGGUUCCCCCUGAAGGACAAUCUGGUGAUGGACGAACGUCCUUAAAUGAUAGAUUGGGCUACUAACCCAAGUGCGUGUGAUAAGCAAAAAAUGACAGUUCAUUGUUGUGAAGCUCUACAAACAUGGCUGUUCUUCAUUGAACAAAUUGGGAGAUUUGACGUAGCUCCAAAGUGUUUGGUGGCUCUGAUGAGUGAAAACCUAUUCAUUGACUUGAAAGUUUUAUAGUCGAGAAGUUAUAUGGUUAUUCCACCAAAAUAAUCUUUUUUGGGAUAUGGUGAGUUCGGAGGAAGAACAGGGGAAAAUACUGAGAUGAUAGAUAUAAAAUAGUGGAAGUACUAUGUAGACAGUUUUUUUACCGUGUAAAAAUAUAUUUGAUUAUAACAAAACGGCAUCUCAUUUUACUGAUA